CACUACACGUCAACGUGCCGCAUGGGCGCGACGACGCAUGCGGAGCGCCCGAGCGUGGUGGACACGGAGCUGAGGGUGCAUGGCGUGAAGGGGCUGAGGGUGUGCGACGCGAGCGUGUUCCCGGAAAUUGUUGGGGCCCACACGAUGGCGCCGACUGUUAUGGUCGCGGAGAAGUGUGCAGAUCUGAUCAAGGCGUCCAAGUGA